UCUUAAAGAUAAGAAAUAAGUAGCGAAAUUGGAUUGAACCGUUUUUUAAAGGAAUUGAGAUAGAAGAUUUUUAAAAUAUGGCUAUGCCGAUGUGAUAACGAAGAUAAAUUAAAUAUUUUAUACUUUAAGAAAAUGUAUUUUUUUAAUUGAUGAAUAUUUUCCAAUUGCAAUUAAUAUCAGUUGAGGAAGUUGUAUUUUUUUGUAGUUUGUUGUUUGCAAUCUUUUUCCUAGCGUAUUGAAACAAAUGAAAACUUACCAACGCUGGAUAGUAAAACAGUGCCUAAUUAUUUUAUGGUGUUUCUCUAAUAAAAAGAAAAUUAUUUUAUAAUUAUUUAUAACAAAGUUGGAGAACGUAAUUUAAGAAAUUUGGAUCACGCCGCAAAAAAGUUGAAUGAAUACAAAAGAUAUAGAUUGUAAAAAUUCAGUGAGAAUGCCUGGAGACGAACGAGAAACAUCUUCAAGCACCGAUGCCAUUGAGUGUUCAAUAUGCUUGUCUGACAUUGAACCACAAGCCAGAUCAGUGAUCUCGAUAUGUUUCCAUGAGUUUUGCUUCUCGUGCAUUGGAAAGUGGUCCAAGGAGAAUGCAGUUUGUCCGCUCUGUAAGCAAAACUUCACAGAGAUUCUGCACAACAUCAGGUCGGAUGCUGACUACGAUGCUUGCUAUAUAACAAGACACGUCCUCAAAGCAAAGAGGCGAUUAAACAGAAGAGGAGAUGGAGCUGCAACUAGUUCGGCAGCGUUUUCUACAACAGCAGCAACAACGUCCGGUCCACAAACAUUAACGAUAUCGUCUCGAAAGCAUCGCACUCGUUUGGCAACUUUGGUAGGAGCCUUGCAAGAUUCACGAAAGAUAUCGUCAACACAGCUUUCAGUAAUAUUUAUAACAACAACCAGCCCACUUCAACCAACAACACCUGCAGUGGCAAUUGUAUGAAAGUUAACAACAGUAAUAAUAUUUAUAUUAUCAGAAAUCGAUCCAGUAACUUUAGAAUUGACAGCAAUUACAAUGUCAACAAUUCUGUUCAACUCAAUGUACAGGGCUUAUCGAACAUACAUGUCAGAACCUCUAGUAAUAUUAAUAUUAAUAAUAAUAAUAAUAAUAAAUAAUAAUAAUAACAGUAGAUCAAUGUCAACUAACAUCUUUCUUGAUGGUAGUGGAGCAGAAAUUAGGCUAUCGGGUAAUUCGAAUGUGCAGGUGAGCGUUAAUGGACGUAACGUUAUUUGCGGUUCUGGAAAUAUGAAUGGGACAACAUCCUCGUCAGCAUCGGGUCCAACUUUUUCAUCCAGUGAUUACAACACACGUACAAACAACAGAAGAACUCAGCAGAACUUUGCUAACGCAUCUGAAGAAGCAAACUGAUACAACUGAAAAUAUGCUUCAAAAUUCGAUAGCGCCUUGCAAGAAGUGUUGUACCGACCACAAGAACAGUAGCAUCAGCAGAUAUUUUUAUUUUUUAUUACAGACAGCUAAAUACAACA